CUCUGCCCUGUCCUACUGUUGCUCUGAAUUCUGUUGUCUGUCUUCACAAGACACUCCUUCAUCUCUGUGCUAGGUCCCUUUUGACAUCCCAACUCAUCUGACAACCAGGGAUCACAUGAAAGCUUGUGCCCUGAAAGGCUGGACUGGUACUUAACUGUGGAGCCUGAAGAACAUUCUGGAUGCAGAUUUAGCAGUAGCUGCUUCUUCCCUUGCUUUUCCCCCCAGCAGUUUUCCAGAGCAGGCUCCCAGUGACUGAGGCACCGGCGAUGGAAGUGGACAGCAACAGCUCCUCUGGGAGCUUCAUUCUGAUGGGGAUAUCUGACCACCCGCAGCUGGAGAUGCUCUUCUUCGCAAUCAUCCUCUCCUCUUACCUGUUGACGCUGCUUGGGAACUCAACUAUCAUCCUGCUUUCCCGUCUGGAUGCCCGGCUCCACACACCCAUGUACUUCUUCCUCAGCAACCUCUCUUCCUUGGACCUUGCCUUUACUACCAGCUCAGUGCCCCAAAUGCUGAAAAAUCUAUGGGGACCAGACAAGACAAUCAGCUAUGGUGGGUGUGUAACUCAACUCUAUGUUUUCCUUUGGCUGGGGGCCACUGAGUGCAUACUGCUCGUGGUGAUGGCAUUUGAUCGUUACGUGGCAGUUUGCCGGCCCCUGCACUACAUGACUGUCAUGAAUCCACGACUCUGCUGGCUGCUGGCUGCUAUCAGCUGGCUGGGUGGCUUGGGCAACUCUGUGAUUCAGUCAACAUUCACUCUGCAGCUCCCAUUUUGUGGACACCGGAAGGUGGACAACUUCUUGUGUGAGGUACCUGCCAUGAUUAAAUUGGCCUGUGGAGACACGAGCCUCAAUGAGGCUGUGCUCAAUGGUGUCUGCACGUUCUUCACUGCUGUCCCACUAAGCAUCAUUCUGAUCUCCUACUGCUUCAUCGCUCAGGCAGUGAUGAAGAUCCGCUCUGUGGAGGGACGACGGAAGGCCUUCAAUACCUGCCUGUCCCACUUGGUAGUUGUCUUCCUCUUCUACGGCUCGGCUAUCUAUGGGUAUCUGCUUCCAGCUAAGAGCAGUAAUCAGGACCAGGGCAAAUUCAUUUCUCUCUUCUACUCUGUGGUCACACCCAUGGUGAAUCCGCUCAUCUAUACUCUAAGGAACAAAGAAGUGAAGGGGGCCCUGGGAAGGCUGCUGGGGAAGGGAAGAGAAGCCAGCUGAGGAGAGAGCCGGCCUCUUUAGUCUCUGCUGCCUUUUUACCCUGCAUUCUUUUUCUUCUGAGAAGCUCUGUCCUCCGCGAAGUCAAGGCAUGGUCCUGACAAUACUACACUUUUGGAAGAUGGUUAGUGUUAUUGAGACGUUCUGUACUUAUUUACCAGAAAUUUACUGUGAGCUACAGAUAACAGGGUAGAUAUGUACUGUUGCGGGUCCAGGGGUUAUUGACCUAGCCCAGACAUAUUUCACUG